AUGCCGUCCAAGCAACAGCUCCCGCCCUCUGUCGAGGUCAAGAAUCUCUCCUACACAUUCCCCGACUACUCGACCGGUGUCCACAACAUCUCGCUCGAUCUUCCUCCCCGCUCGCGAACGCUGCUCAUUGGAGCCAAUGGUGCUGGCAAGACGACUCUUCUGCGUCUUCUUGCCGGUAAGCGUCUUGCUCCCAGUGACACAAUCUCCAUUUGCGGCGUCGACCCCUUCAAGGUCGGCCUGGAGGGCGUGACAUACCUCGGUCUCGAGUGGGUGCUGAACCCCAUUGUCCGCAACGACAUUGGUGUCACGGACUUGCUGUCCUCCGUCGGCGGCGACGCAUACCCCGAGCGCCGAGAUGAGCUUGUCGAGAUGCUGGACAUUGACAUUAACUGGCGCAUGCACGCCGUGUCUGACGGUGAGCGCCGCCGUGUGCAGCUCGCCAUGGGACUGCUUCGCCCAUGGACCGUGCUCUUCCUCGACGAAAUCACUGUCGACUUGGAUGUCCUGUCGCGCGCCGAGUUCCUUAACUGGCUCAAGCGUGAGACGGAGAACCGCGAGUGCACCAUUGUCUACGCCACGCACAUUCUCGACAACUUGGCAGGCUGGCCCACCCAUCUUGUGCACAUGCAUCUUGGUACCGUAAAGGAGUGGGAUACCGCCGAUAAGAUGCUCGCCACCAUUGACGGCACCGUCGGUCCUACCGGCAACUCUCGUCUCGGUGAACUCGUCAUGGCUUGGCUCAAGAGUGACCUCAAGGAGCGUGGCCCGCGCAGCAAGAUGAACCGUGGUCCCGAGGGCAAGACAUAUGGCUUUGGCGGCAUCAAGAUUGGCGGCUACGGCGAUGAGUCCAAGCCCAAAGCCAACUAG